CUUCGCUGUGUGAGACAACUGAACAGCGCAGUUUUGCUAUGGGCAGAUCAGCUGUGUCAGAGCCAGGUCCUCAAUACUUCAUUUCCGUAGUGAGAGGUGUGAUUUUCAAGAGGUUGACUUGUACACAUAAAACAUUGAUCCGCCUAUUUAAAGCAUUUUAAAAUUUAAAAUUAAUUUAAAUUACGAAAGGUCAAAGUCAGCAGAGGCGUAAAGCAGAAUUGAACAUGGCUGCCGGAUAAAUAAAGAAGCUGCAUUUGAGUUGGUAAGCAGCCCUAAUGAGAGAAGUAGAGAACAGGAAAACAAGAAAAGGGAAGAAAAUAACAAAACAAGACCUCUCUCUUUAGAGGAAAACAAAAUAAGGAAAAGAGAAAGGGAAGGAGACCACUCUACAGUAAACGAGAGGAAAGCGACAGAGCGUGACUUGAAUCGGAAAGAAAGAAAAGAUAACAAAGAACAGAAAAAAGAUUUUUCCAUUAGAGAUACUCCACUGUGCACAGACAGAGAGGCAGACAGACAGCUUUGCCAGUUUCAGACUGCUGUCAUUUCUGGUAGAUAUUUUUCAGAUCUAGGUCAAUAGAACACCCUGUGUUCACUGAGCUGCAUGCUGACAGGAGAAUGGGUCAGAAACUGGUUACCAGUUUGCUCUGGCAGCUGGGAGGCAGUGAGGAGUCCAAGGCAGACUUCCCCAUCCCUGUCCCCCCCCCUCCCAGUGCCUCGCAGGCCCUCCGCUCACUUGCGGACACAGACACCCUGCCAGCUCCUGAUAGGCUGUCCGAGCUGCUGGCCCUGCCCCCCUGCUCCCCCGAGGUCCAAUCACAACACGGCUGGAAUGCCCAAGACUCCUCCCCCUGCAUGACAGUCUGUGGAUCACCUUUGACCUUCAAGAGGCGCCCCACAGCCCAAACGACUGACAGCAUUCGAGGUAGAAUGGGGUACAUGAGUGGCCUGCAUGUGUGGGAGAUCUCAUGGCCCCCGUCUCAGCGCGGGACACACGCCGUUGUGGGGGUCUCUACCACGCAGGCACCCCUGCAGGCCGAGGGGUACCAGGCUCUGCUGGGCAGUGACCCUCACUCCUGGGGCCUGGAUCUGGGGAAAGGGGUGCUUUACCACAGGGGGCAGGCACGGAGGUACCCCACAGGGUUCUGGGCAGAGGAAAUUACCUUGUCGGGGUUCCCUGAGUGCAUCCUGGUGGUGCUGGACCUGCAGUGUGGCACUCUGGGAUACGCUUUGGAGGAUGGGAGGUAUUUAGGCGUGGCUUUCCAAGGGUUGAGGGGUGCGGCCUUUCACCCAGCCGUGAGUGCAGUGUGGGGUCAGUGUGAGGUCACCAUCAGAUAUCGGAACGGACUGAAACCUCAGCCCCUCUCUCUGCAGCAGCUGUGUCGGCAGUCCGUGAGGGAGGCUUUAGGACCCAGCAGGCUUGCGGGAGUGUGGAGCCUGCCUCUGCCAUCAGCUGUGCAGAGCUCCCUGCUGCUGCAGCACUGAGGCAGGAAGCCCCACCCCAGCCGGCCUCAGUUUCAUGCUGUUCUGCCGGCAGGCUCAUCCAACUUCGGCCAUCUUGGCUCCAGGUUGCCUGUAGUUUAUCCAUGGUGGAGCCAACGUGGCACCAGUCUCCUGCUCUGUAACCCAUUCUCCACAAUCACACCGGUCAGCUGCAGUGCACUGAGCAAGAUGGGCCUGCUACUGCUGCAGGACUCUGAGCCGAGCCUCUGAACCACAAACACUGAUGAAACUGCAGCAGCAUGACGGCCGUCUUGGCUCCAGCAUCCCUCUGAAACUCUGGUUUCUAUGCAGCACUGGCUCUCCUUGUGGAGCCACAAUGACGUUAGUUUAUUGGAUUGUUACAAGUCACGUGAUUUCACUGUCUGACGAAGGCAUCAGCAAAAAUGCUUGUGCUUGACACAUGCACACUCUCCAUGACGAGGGCGGUCUGCCCGAUAGCUUGUCUAACCCUGUUGUGUGUAUUUUUGUAUGUUUGUUUGACAAGGUCUCUGAUUGCAGAACUCUGGAAAUAUGAAAGGUUGAGCUGCUCUGUACACAUGGUGAUUCAUAGACUAGACCUCAUUCCAAUGAUAUUAACACACGGGUCUGUGAACCUCAGCAACCACACAU